AUUUCCAGCGGAACGGGACAGCGAUUGCAGUUGCGGUUCUCUUUUGUUUACUCUUCCAAAAAGACUGAUAUAAAUAUGGUAUCUUCUGUAUGCUCGUUUUAUUUGGUGCUGCUAUGUUUGUUUGGGUUGCUUGGUUAGACAAUACAAUGCUUGUUUGAUAAUGGAAAAGGGAUGUCCUCGGUCGAUCAAAAAAUUGGAAAGCGAAGCAUAUUCCUAUAGCUUUUCCACUCAAGGUACCUACAAAGCGUGGGUAGAAAUUGCUCAUAUGCUUCUCAGUGAAGCUGAUGAAAGAUAUAAAUAUGGUGAUUAUCCAGAAGCAUAUAUUUUUUAUUUGAGAUUUACUGAUUUGAUUUUGAAAAAGAUCCCUCAAUUUUUUCUACUUGGGGAUAAAAAAGAUUCGUUGUAUCUUGGAUUACUCGGGGAAAUCGAGAGGAGUUAUGAAAACUCUAAAAACUUGAAAAUAUUAAUUAAUGAAGAAAUUGGCGAAUAUUUAAAUAAUUUGGAAUUUAUUAAAAAAAAUCAAAUAAAUGAAAAGAGAAAAGUGAAAAGCAAUGGAAACUCAAACAAAAAAAUUCUUCAUUCAAAUUUAUUAGAUGAAGCUAAGGAUUUAUUUGAAAAAGAAGCUGCAGAUUACCAAAAUCAAUUAAAAAUAAAUGAUCCAAAUUAUAACUUGAAAUUAACGUUAACUAAUGAUAAAAUAAUUUCGGGCCGUGAUAAUGGGAACCCAAAGCAAUUGAAAAAUUUAAAUUUUAGCAAUCAAAAUGAUACUGAUAGAUAUGUUGAAAAGUACAUUGACGAUUAUGUCGACGAUUAUGUUGACGAUUACGUUGACGAUUAUAUUGAUGAUUAUAUUAGAAAUGAUUCAGAAUAUAUAUCAGAUAAUGGCCAUUCAAAAGAAAUAUUAAAUAAUUAUAAUAAUAAUCACUUAAGGAGCAGAAUUUAUAGUAAUCCCGGAGAGUUCGAUGACUACAAUGAGUAUGAAGACUAUGAGGGCUCAGAAGAAUCUGAGGAUUAUGGUGAUUCCGAGGGAUAUGGAGAUUAUAAAAGUAAUGUUUAUGGGACGAAACCUGUUCAAUACAGUAAUAAUGUUAUGAAUAAUUAUAGUCAUCCUCAUGCUCAUGCUUAUGCUCAUACUAAUGGUACUAUUAACAAUAACAAUAACAAUAACAAUAAUAAUAAUAAUAAUAAUAAACAACUUUCUUAUUUUCCUGAAUAUCCAUCAAUUUCUUCACCAACGAUAGAUUAUUCUAAAUUUAGUGAUCCUCAGUUAGGUUCAUUCGGGGGAUCUCAAGCAUCUAGUUUCAAUUUAAAUCCUAAUCAUAUUAAUAAUAAUGAUAAUAUUCCUGUCACUACUAAUACUACUACUAAUAAUAAUAAUGAUAAUAAUAAUAAUGAUAAUAAUAAUGAUGAUAAUAAUUUAAACGAAAAUCAUAAUAGUGAAAAUAGUUAUUUCUAUGAUAAUAUUGAUGAUGAUAGUAUCAUCAAUGAUAUUAAUAAUAUUGAUUUUAACGAAUUUGAUGAUAUAAGUGAUAUAAAUGAUAUUAAUGAUAUUAAUGAUAUAGAAGAUAUUAGUAGUUUAAAUAAUGAAGAUAGUGGGUUAAAUUCUAAUUUGAAGUUAAAGUUAAAUUUGAAUAAAAAUGAAAAUGAAAAUGAAAAUGAAAAUGAAAAUGGAAAUGAAAAUAUAUCCAUGACAGAAGGAGGAUUAAUAUUAAAGGCAGUUUAUUUACCAUAUGAAAUUAAAAAGGAGUUUAUUAAGAUUUCUAAAAAAAAUACCAAAAAUAAUUUAGAAACAUGUGGUAUAUUAUUUGGGAAAUUAAUUGAAGACAGAUAUUUCAUAACGAAUUUAAUUAUUCCAGAUCAAGUUUCCAGUUCAAAUACUUGUCAAGCUGUUGAUGAAAUCAAAUUAAUGGAAUUUGCUAGUAUCAAUGAAUUGAUCACGCUUGGAUGGAUUCAUACACAUCCUACUCAAUCAUGUUUUUUAAGUAGUGUUGACUUGCACACACAAAAUGGAUAUCAAACAAUGUUGCCAGAGGCCAUAGCAAUAGUUGUUGCACCAAAUGCAAUUCCAGAUUUUGGAGUGUUUAGGAUAUCGGAUCCACACGGAUUAGAGAUAAUGAAGAAAUGCAAACUUCGAGGAUUUCAUCCUCAUCAUGAGAGAAAUUUGUAUUCUGUAUGUUCAAGAACUAAGUUCAGUAAGAUAAUGAAUAUCAAAAGCAACCGAUUCAAGUACACCAAUGGACAUGUGGUAGUCAAGUCGGGGCUACCAUUUGAAGUGAACGAUUUAAGAUCUAGGUAAGCACUUGAAAGGUAGGUUCAUUAGAUUAAUUUAUUUGUAUUACUAGUAUUUAUAAACAAACAAAGAGAAAACAAAAAAUAAAGG